CUUGGGGUUCCUGGACCAGGACAAGGUGUGUGGGCGAGCAGGAUCUUGUUGUUCACGUGGUUGUUGGCCUGUCAGCUAGCCAUGGCACAGGAGGCCAAGGUGUCUGCUGCAGCUGCCUUGACGUCCAGCGUCUGCACCCAGGCAGCACUGCAUCCGUUCGACCUCAUUCGAACUCGAAUGAUGGGUACGUACGGCAACAAAGACAGCCAGGGCAGGGACCACAGACAAAUCACGUGCAGAUCUCUGUCUGUGCAGUGUCGAAAGUGACAGGUGGUGCGGUUCCAUCCCACCGGGGCACGAUAUCAUCUGCGCGUGCAAUCCUGAGGGCGGAGGGCAUCCCCGGGCUGUACAAGGGCCUCACAGCCACCGUCAUCGCGUCGGGGGUCUCAUGGGGACUCUUCAGAUACCUGUACGUAUGUAUGUAUGCCUUAACGCCCUCACGGAGGGUGGCCUAGUCGAUUGAGGUGUUGUGCUCGCUGUGGACCCAUGUGUGUAUGCGUAUGUGUGCAGCUUCGAUGUGUGGAGGUAUGAGAUAGGCCGAUACCGCCAAGUGACCAUGGCCGAGUGGCGGGGAGAUGGCGGCCAGGAGGGAAUACCAAGAAGCAGCCAUGCGUCAUUUAGUGAUAACCUGGUGAGGCAGCCACGCAGUCAGAGAGUCAUUCAUGGGCCCCAUGAGUGGUGCACGACGGGUGUGUGUGUGUGUGUUUGGUGUGCAGCUUGCGAGUAUGGGUGCGAGUUUUGCCUCCACGCUGUGUGUGCAUCCCCUGUGGCUCCUCAAAAGCCGGCUGGAAAUGCAGACAUUCGAAAGCAAGGUCAGUCAAGUCAGGGAUCGUUUCCCUCCACGUCGCCGAUGAGUGUGAGCGUUCUGUGCAUCGAUCGUCAGAGUGCCGGGUGGGUGCAGUAUGGUGGCUGGUGGGACUGCCUGCGGACGAUAGUGAGGACGGAGGGCCCCAUGUCGCUCUACAGGGGGCUGGGUCCCGCCCUCGGCCUGGUGCCUCACGCCGCCGUACAGCUCCUGGCGUACGAAGAAAUCAAAAAAAGGGACAGGUGCAGACACACACUGACGCAGGGAGGGAGGGAGGGAGGGAGGAGAGAGAGCGUUGACGUCGUGUGUGUGUGGUGUAAGUGGGUGUUUGAUGGAUGGUGUAUGUAUGUGUGUAGGCGUGUGGAGGGUGUGCCGUUGAAUCCCAUCAAGCCCUUCCUGUGGGGCGCCGCCUCCAAGUUCGCCGCAUCAUGCAUCACCUUCCCACUGCAGGUACCCUUAUGUGAGAAAUAGGGGGUGUAUCUUCUUCGUUCCACUGUGUCCACCUGUCUGUGUGUGUGUGGGCCCCCUGACUGACUGUCUGUCUGUCUGGCAGGUGUUGCGUGUUCGGCAGCAGGUGCAGACGAAUCCCUACGGCGGCCGGAACUUCCUCACUGUCGCCCUGGUCGGUCAGUCAGUCAGUGAGGAAAUCUGCCACGCAGGCACCGAUACACUGAUUGACAUGUCUGAUGGAUGGAUGGACGCAUGCAGACUAUGGUGUCCGAGGAGGGCGUCAUUUCCCUCUAUCGUGGCUUCUGGGUGCACGUCCAGGUCAGAUGCCCACGCACAAACUCUCUAAAAGGGCUGUCAGAUCAGUGUCAUGUGUGCUUGUAUGCGUGUCUGUCUGUCUGUCUGUCUGUGUCAACGGAUGUGUGCAGCGUGCCUGUCUGCACAACGCCGUCAUGUUUUUGUUGUUCGAGAGGUUUUUGGGCAACGUCUGAGUGUGCCUUGGAUCUCGGCAUCUUGUCGGGUGUAGAUAGAUAGACAUUCAGGUCUCCUUCCCUCCCUAUGUGUGAGUAGUGUACAUAUUAUGUAGGUUUGUGUGUGUGUGUGUGUGUGUGUUUCUGCCUGUGGUGUUCAUUGCAAAUGAGUGCACGGAGAGCUGUUUGAGGGGGGAAGGUGUCCAUCCGUCUGUGAGUUUCUUCUUUCUGGUGUCAGUCAGUCAGUCAGUGUCCAUCCACAUCACACCACACCGCACCCUGCCUGCCUGCCUGCCUUGAUCCACUGACU